AUGACAGCGGUAAAUAUUUCUCAGAACGGAGAGGAACUUACCCGGCAACUUAAAUCACAUCUACUUCCGGUUACAGUGUUUAUUUGUGUAGAAGCAUGUGUUGGUUUCUUUGGAAACAUUGCAAUUUUGGUAGUUUAUUCAAAACACUACAAGCAAGUGAAUUUCAAGAAUUUUGUAUUGGCUCUGGCUUUUGUAGAUCUUGUAAGCUGUUGCACAACGCUUCCCGGUGAAGUAUUUUCUCAUCAGAACUGGUAUGACUACAAGUACACGUGGGUUUGUAAAGUGAAAUCUUAUUUCAACGCUUACACAGCCUUGGCGUCAGCGUCUAUUUUACUCAUUCUCGCGAUUGACAGAUACAGAAAAGUUUGUAAUCCGUGUGCGUGGCAAAUACCUUUUCAAGUGGCUUUCAAGCUUUGCGUGUGUUGCUUGGUGAUAUCUGCAAUUGUAUCUACUCCAUUGCUUUUAUUUUGGGGUACUCAGACGUAUUUGUAUGACAUCAAAGGGGAAAACGUGACGGUAUCAGUUUGCGAGAAAUCGGAAGACUAUGCGGAGACAAUGUAUCCACUUUUAUUUAUAACUGGGGCGUUUCUAGUGCCGAUCAAUAUAAUGAUAGUGGUUAUUAUGACACUGAAUUUUACGAUAGCAUGGCGAUUAUUUGGUGGAAGCAUACGCACCGAAAAACAUGCAGUUUCAGAGAAAAAAACUUCUAAAAGGACAAUACAAAUGCAAGAACUAUCUACAGAUAUUUUAAGCACAGAAUUCACCAACGACUUAAAAGGCGAUCCUGAAAAAUCGGCAACAAUCUCUACCAUCAAGACACCUUCAGAACAGAAAAAUCGUAAUUCACCCAGGAAAAGGAGAAGACGACGACCAGAGAUUGGCGGAUCGUCUAAGUUUCGACGGAAACAUAAAACAAUGAUCAUGUUAAUUUUGACGUCAAUAUUUGCUGUCACGAUGGCAACAUACACUGUAUUCAUAUGUUUUGUCGCAAAACCAAAUGGCAUUGUGAAAGAAAUGUCCGAUAGCACUAAGCCAGUUUUCUUCUUUUUCUGGCGAUUAUACUUCGUGAAUUCCGUCGUUAAUCCGAUAUUGUAUGGAUUCAUGGAUCCCGGUUUCCGUUCUGGGUUCAUGUACUAUAUGCAAAGAGAUGCAAAGAGGCAAGCCAUCUGCCACAAGCUUGUCACAAAGCGAUACACACUAAGCUUUAUAUAG